GUGAAUUAUCAUUCCUUGGUUAGAAUUUUUGAAGACGGGGAAUGUCGUCAAUGGAGUUUUGGCCCAAGAAAAUUCGAUGACCAUUUACAGAAUCAUUUAUUAUUUAUAUUUACUUUAUCAAAAUUGAUGUAAAUUAAAUGAUUACGACGCGGAUAUUGACAUCGUAACGCUGCAACGAUCUCCAUCGACGUUGAACGGCGAGUACUUCGGCAACGUGUGCCGGCUGGACGGCGGUCCUCAGUUCUAGCGCACGACUCUACACGGCUCCAUGGCGCGUAGAUGUGGGCGGCGCCGACGUCGGAGCUGCCGGCCGAGGCGGCGCAAGGGUGGCCACGGCCGCAUGACUGUGAGCGCCUUCUUCAACUUCCUGCGCGCGCUCAAGCGCAAGUACCCCUGCUGCCCUCGCAACGAGCUCAUCUGUAUGGCGUCUCGCCGUUGGCGGCGCAUGACAUGCAACCAGAAGGAGCGCUACCAGGCCAUGGCGCGCCGCGUUCGCUGCAGAACCCCCAAGAGGUGCUUCCGCAGGCGGCCGCGCAGCUGCAGUCUCGCCGCGCGCAGGCAUCGCAGUCGCAGCGGCAGGAGGUAGCGCCCCAGUCCCUGUGCAUGUGUCUGGUCUCAUCGUCUCGCCCCGCGUGUCUUUACCGAUAUACCCAAAUUUUACUGUGUGUUUUACAGAGCGCUAUAUAAUUGUCUACAAAAAUAAAUGUAGUUUUGGAUUA